CAUAUUUAAAUAACUUGACAUUCUCAAAAAUAAGGAGCUACUAUCUCAAGGUCCUUUUAAAGCAAUUUGCUUCAAAUGAAAACAAUGAAGUCUUUUAGCUUGGAAGUUAUCGUUUUCCUUUGUAAGGUAUUUUUGAGUGGAUUUGCGGAGGAGUCUCCAUGUACACCUGGCUUAGAGUCGGAGUUGCUGGUUUUUAAAGUGCACCAAGAUGAACUUUACAAGGGAAAAACACUAGGAAGAGUAAAUUUUAAUACAUGCAAUGGAAAAACAAGAACACUCUUUCAGUCUGUUGACAAGCGGUUUGAUGUGAACGAGGAUGGGACUGUUACACUGAAGAGACCACUGACUCUUCAUGAGGCUUACGUGGUGUUUUCAGUGCAUGCUUGGGAUGCCAAUGGCAAGAAGCACACUGUAUCUAUCAAAGUUGAAUUUGUCCAACAUCUUAAUGGGCAUCACAAGGAUACAGUCAUGAACAUCUCCUCUCCACAGAUAGAAUCUCCACUUGAUCCACCUUUGGCAUUUGCAAGGUCUUCAGCACGUCUAAAGAGAGCACCGGGAGGCUGGAUUAUCCCUCCGAUCAUUCUUCUUGAGAAUAGCAGAGGGCCAUUCCCAAUGAAACUGGCCCAGAUAAAGUCAGAGUAUGCCAAGGAAGUUCAAAUGGUAUACCGCCUCACAGGCGAAGGGGCAGAUCUGGAACCAAAGGGGAUUUUCACUAUUGAUAAAUUUACAGGGAAUCUGUUUGUGACUAAUCCACUCGACAGAGAAAAAAAAGCUUCAUACAGACUUGUAGCUCAUGCUGAAGCACGUGAAGUGGCUAAUAUAAGAGAAAAUCCAAUGGAAGUUAUCAUCAAUGUGUUUGACCAAAAUGAUAACAAGCCUGUAUUUACUCAAAAUCCUUUUAAUGGACAUGUUCCUGAAGCUGCUGAAAAAGGUUAUGAGUUUAUGACCGUCACAGCCACUGAUGCAGAUGACACGAUAGAAACGACCAACGGUAUAGUCCGCUAUACGAUUGUCAGCCAAGAGCCAAAACUUCCAAAAGCGAACAUGUUUGAUAUCAACGUUGUAUCUGGAAGCAUUUUCGUGCAAGAACUAGGCAUGGACAGAGAGCAAUGGCCCAAAUAUACUUUGUUAAUCGCGGCUACUGACAUGGAAGGAAGUGGUAUGGCAACCACUGGCACAGCAGUUAUUACAAUUACUGACAGCAAUGAUAAUCCUCCUAAGUUUGAUCCAAUAACGUACAGUGUAUCUAUUACUAAGAAGGAAGUGGAACUGCUUGCAAAAUGCAUGUUACUAAUGAAGAAGAUGCUGGAUCAAGUGCCUGGACACAAUCAUACACAAAUAGGGCCCAUAGGGUAACAAGAAAUACAUUCUGUCUGCGAUGAUUCAUUUAUAAAACCUAUGCAUAUUUUUGCUGUGAAGAUUAAAUCCAUAAUGUCUUUAUGAAAAAUGUGAAUGUGUCAGUAUAAUUCUUAUUAUUUUGUAGAAUUAUUCAUAAAAUCGAGCUGUUGCCUGUACCAUGAUGGUAGCUCAAAAAAAUCAGGAUUAGUUUUGAGUUGACAAAACUAAACCAAUCUGGCUUUGUUGGUACCAUGAUGCUGAUAAUCAACAUUCUUUGUUCUUUUGUGCUUCAUUACACCAUUUUAAUGUAAAAUUACAUGAAAUGUCUGGUUA